AGGGAGAGAGAGAGAGAGAGAGAGCGGAGAGGAAGGAAAUGGACGUGCGUUCGAGAAGAGGCAGAGAGAUGAGCCCGAACAAAGCCAGGGCUUCCAUGCGUCCGAGAGAUCAGAGACCACAGCUCAGGAAAGUUCAGGUCGUGUACUACCUCACCCGGAAUGGCCUCCUCGAACACCCUCACUUCAUGGAGGUCUGUCUUCUUGCCAAUCACCAGCUCCGUCUGAGAGACGUGAUGGAGCGGUUGACUGCGCUUAGAGGCAAGGGAAUGCUCUCGAUGUAUUCUUGGUCUUGCAAAAGGACCUACAAAAACGGAUAUGUGUGGAACGACCUGUCGGAGAAUGAAGUCAUCUAUCCGGCGGAGGGAGCCGAGUACGUGCUCAAAGGGUCGGAGAUCAUCAGCAACAGCGGAACAGUCGGCAGAGAACCGGUCCACGUCCAUUCGAAGCAAAUGGCGACGGCCACGGCGACCCGUAACGAAGAACAGGAAUUGCGCUGCUCGAGGUACGACGAGAGGGUCAGCUUCGAGGCCGAUGCGGAAGAGGAGGAAGAGUGCGAGCUGGCCGACGAAGAGAAGGCGAGCUACACGAGCUCCCCCACGCCUGGCUCUCGCUGCUCGCGCGGCGUCUCGACGGACGAGCUCGACGAGGAGCGCGACGACAGCGGCGACAAGCUCCCUCGCCACACCGACGACCCUUCGGGCUCGCCUCCGGCUCCACCCUCCACCGUCGCCAAAGCCGCCGAAAAGGGUGGCGAGGGGCGCGGCGACGCCGAGAUUCGUUUCGAGGACGGGGACCCGGCGGCGCCGAGCAGGAGCAGCAACUCGGUGCUCCUCCAGCUCAUCGCGUGCGGCGGCAACUUGGCCGUCCCCAAGGCGAAGGCCGCACCGCCCAGCGCCAGCGCCAGCGCCGCCGGAAGCGGCGGCGACGGAGACCUGCACAGGGGAGUGCUGCGCAAGAGCGCGGCGAAAGCGGCGGCGGACGACGAGGCGGCGAUGAUACGCUGCAUGUCGGAGAACCCGCGGUUCGGGAACGUGCAGAGCGAGGAGAAGGAGUACUUCAGCGGCAGCAUCGUCGAGUCGAUGAGCGAGGACCGAGUCGGGGCGGGUGGACUCAAGAAGUCCAACUCAUUUAACGAGGAGAGGAGCUCCAAGGCCGAGGUGGGAGAUGCUGCGAAGGAAGAGAAGACGGAGAAGUCAUCGGCAAAAGGCAAAUGCAUUCCUCGGAAAAUGUCAAUAUCGUCGAGAAGCAGUAGAAAAUUGCUGUAGUCAUUGCUCUUAUCGCCACCUAAUCACAGUUUUUACUUGGAGAGGUUGUUGGUAAUUCAGUAAUUAUUCGCAUGGUAAGUGGUGUUUGAUGGUUGAGGAACCCAAUGUAUAUCUUUGGAUGCUUAACGAUAAUGAUUAAGGUCAUUAAGCAUGAUGAAGGGAUCACUUCAGACAGAUCUUCUGCUUUCGGUGCUGGUAAGUAGAUUUGAGCACUUUAA